AUGACAGCUCUUGGGUUAGCCGCUUUGGCGGAAGCUGCUGCCCCUCACGGUAUCGAAUCCUUUGACACCGUCUUGAAACCUGUCUGGUUGGGCAUCCGUCUACGCCUGGCAAAGGUCUUUGCACCUUUCUUGAAGGUUAUUGGUUUCACUAUACCCCUUACGGACCCCGAAUACGAUUCUUCACGGUUAUUCUCAUUCGUGAUUUCCAAACAUCUGACGAGGGGAUGA